CGUCCCCGGGGCUGUCGGUCCGACGGGCGGUGCCUGUGGCGGGCGCAGGGGAGUUUCCAGGAAGUGGCCAUAUUGGAUCCAUUCAGCUGCAGCCAGCCGCGGUGGGUCGAGCCGCGCUCCCGCCGCCGGAGCCGCGCAAGCCCCGGCCAUGGCCGCCACCGACCUGGAGCGCUUCUCGAAUGAAGAGAAGAGGAACCUUUCCCUCGGAGGCCAUGUCGGCUUCGACAGUCUCCCCGAUCAGCUGGUCAGCAAGUCCGUCACGCAAGGCUUCAGCUUCAACAUCCUCUGUGUGGGUGAGACUGGCAUUGGGAAAUCCACUCUCAUGAACACCCUCUUCAACACCACCUUUGAGACCGAGGAAGCCAGCCACUACGAGAGCGCCGUGCGCCUGCGGCCGCGCACCUACGACCUGCAGGAGAGCAACGUCCACCUCAAGCUGACCAUCGUGGACGCCGUGGGCUUUGGGGACCAGAUCAAUAAAGAUGAAAGUUACAGGCCCAUCGUUGAGUACAUUGAUACGCAGUUUGAAAACUAUCUGCAAGAGGAGCUGAAGAUCCGCCGCUCCCUCUUCAACUACCACGACACCAGGAUUCAUGUCUGCCUUUACUUCAUCACCCCAACCGGCCACUCCCUCAAGUCCUUGGACCUGGUGACCAUGAAGAAGCUGGACAGCAAGGUGAACAUCAUCCCCAUCAUUGCCAAAGCAGACACCAUCUCCAAAAGUGAGCUGCACAAGUUUAAGAUCAAGAUCAUGAGCGAGCUGGUCAGCAAUGGUGUGCAGAUCUAUCAGUUCCCCACCGACGAUGAGGCAGUGGCUGAGAUCAACUCGGUGAUGAACGCUCACCUGCCCUUCGCCGUGGUCGGCAGCACAGAGGAGGUGAAGGUUGGGAACAAGCUGGUGAGAGCUCGGCAGUACCCCUGGGGAGUGGUGCAAGUGGAGAAUGAAAGUCACUGCGACUUCGUGAAGCUGCGGGAGAUGCUGAUCCGGGUGAACAUGGAGGACCUGCGGGAGCAGACCCACACCCGCCACUACGAGCUCUACAGGAGGUGCAAGCUGGAGGAGAUGGGCUUCAAGGACACAGACCCAGACAGCCAGCCCUUCAGUCUCCAAGAAACAUACGAGACCAAAAGGAAAGAGUUCUUGGGUGAGCUCCAGAAGAAGGAGGAAGAAAUGAGACAAAUGUUUGUUAACAAAGUCAAGGAGACAGAAGCAGAGCUGAAGGAGAAGGAGAGAGAGCUGCAUGAGAAAUUUGAGCACUUAAAAAGGAUACACCAAGAGGAGAAGAGGAAGGUGGAGGAGAAGAGGAGGGAGCUGGAGGAAGAGAUGAAUGCCUUCAACAGGCGGAAAGUGGCAGUGGAGACCUUGCAGUCCCAAUCUUUGCAGGCUACCUCACAGCAGCCACUGAGGAAGGACAAAGACAAGAAAAACUUCUUUAGUCUUCCCACUGCGUGCUCCAUAACAUCAGGAAGAUAUGUUAAUUAGAAGAUUUAUUAAGGCCAGCCCACCUCAUGCAGAAGAAAUUAAUGGGUGCUUUCACCUUUAAGCUUGCAAUGUGGUGCACAGAAGAGGUGGUGUAGCAAGGACUGGGAGUGCACCGUGCCUUGUGGUUGCCAGGAGUUGCCUUGAUCAGGUUUCUUGAUAAAAGCUGCCCCCUGAGGUCCUUGCCAAGCGCUAAACAGCUAAUGAAGGGCUGCUGCCGCUAAAGCCAAGCACUAACCUCCGGGUGAGGGCAGUUAGCGCUGAGCCAAGCCCCAGGCAGAGGAGGGGCAG